AUGGUAGAGUUUGCCAUCAACAACUCGGUGCAUGCGUCCACGACACAUACACCGUUUUACGUGAAUGGCUUGCGCCAUCCGCGUGUACCCACCUUACUAGAGUGUAACUCUGGUUUAAGGGGGGGAGGGACUCGCGCGAGCAAAAACCGAUUUGGUUCACGCUCUGACGAAGAGGCCAUUGCGUUUGAUGCCGAUAUCGAUAACAUCGAUAUCGAAGAAGAUGAUGCCAGUGAGAGUGCGGAAGCCCUCACUGAAGACAAUGAUCCCAGUGAGAGUGCGGAAGCCCUCACUGAAGAAAAGGUUGAUGUCGCUGCAGUGCGCUCACAGCACACUGAAGCUAACGAGUCAUCAGAUGAGUUCAUACUGGCUCGUGAAACGGUAGUCCGUUUUGUGCAAGACUCCAUCGCCGAAGCGGUGGAUAAGCAAAAGCAAAACGCUGACAAGAAUGGAAGGGCAAACACUCUUUAUUUAAUAAAGGUGACUUAG